GCCGAGAGGGUGAGUACGCGCUGGUGGUGCCGCGGUCCCGGGCACCGGCGCCCGAGCCGACCGUGGCCAUGGGCAUGGGCGCCAGCGCCGAGCAGCCCGCGGGAGGCGCCGAGGGCUUCCACCUGCACGGGAGGUCUGGAUGAGCAGUCCCGGGGAAAGUGGAGAUGGAGUGGGUUCCUAGAGCCUGAAGGUGCAGGAGAACUCCCCCGCCCAGCAGGCAGGCCUGGAGCCCUACUUCGACUUCAUCAUCACCAUUGGGCACUCAAGGCUGAACAAGGAGAAUGACAUGCUCAAGGCCCUGCUGAAGGCCAACGUGGAGAAGCCGGUGAAGCUGGAGGUAUUCAACAUGAAGACCAUGAAGGUGCGCGAGGUGGAGGUGGUGCCCAGCAACAUGUGGGGCGGCCAGGGCCUGCUGGGCGCCAGCGUGCGCUUCUGCAGCUUCCGAAGGGCCAGCGAGCACGUGUGGCAUGUGCUGGAUGUGGAACCCUGUUCCCCUGCCUUCCUCGCUGGCCUGCGCCCCUACACCGACUACGUGGUUGGCUCAGACCAGAUCCUCCAGGAGUCCGAGGACUUCUUCUCGCUCAUCGAGUCCCAUGAGGGGAAGCCCUUGAAGCUGAUGGUUUAUAACUCCGAGUCCGACUCCUGCCGGGAUGUGACUGUCACUCCCAAUGCAGCCUGGGGUGGAGAGGGCAGCCUGGGCUGUGGUAUCGGCUACGGGUAUCUGCAUCGGAUCCCAACCCAGCCUCCCAGCCACCACAAGAAGCCACCUGGUGUUCCGCCACCUGGUGCCCCACCAUCUGGUACCCCACCACCUGGACCCACCCCCCAGGACUCUCCUGCCCCUUCUGGCCUGGAGAUAGGCUCCAGGCAGGGUGACUAUGUGGAGGCCCUGCUGCAGGCACCUGGCUCCUCCAAGGAGGAACAGCUCCCUGGGCCUGAGAGUCCUGGCCAUGGCACUCCAGACCUUGGCGACCUUCCCCGUUCCAUGGAGAUCCCUCUUCAGCCUCCGCCUCCACUGCAGCGAGUCAUGGACCCAGGCUUCCUGGACGUGUCCGGCAUCUCCCUCUUGGACAGCAGCAAUGCCAGCGCCUGGUCUGGCCUGCCCUCCUCCACAGAGCUGACCUCCACUGCGGUCUCAGCCUCAGGGCCGGAGGACGUCUGCUCCAGCAGGGGUUCUCGUGAGCGUGGCGGUGAGGCCACCUGGUCUGGGUCAGAGUUUGAGGUCUCCUUCCCAGACAGCCCAGGCGCCCAGGCGGACCACCUGCCUCAGCUGACACUGCCCGACAGCCUCACCUCUGCAGCCUCACCAGAAGAUGGGCUGUCCGCUGAGCUGCUCGAAGCCCAGGCUGAGGAGGAGCCAGCAAGCACAGAGAGCCUAGAUUUCGGGGCAGAGGCUGAGAGGCCAGCCAGCCAGGCACAGCUCUCCACCCCAAAAUAACACCCCAGGCUCCAAGAAGGGCCUCUGAUGGCAUUUCAUGAGGCCCAGAAGUGGGAGGCAGCUCAGGCCACACUGCGUGGCCAAGCCCCCUGCAUUACGCUUCCUAGGCUGCUGCUGACGGGGGUGGGGGGUGGUGUGGCUUGUGUCCACUCAGACCCUACUGGUCUCCAAGAGGUGACCUCCCAGCAUUCAUUCUGCCUGAUGGUCCUGCCUUUGGGGAACUGGCCACUUGUUUGAGAAUCUCAAGUACUUUUUGGGUAGUAGGGGGCUGGGAGUAGCACCCAGGUUAAAUAAGUUUUCCAGGAGCUAGGGUAGGAGAGCAAAGGAUUCUUUGCCGCUUGGGUAGGGCGUGGAACUUCAGUGGGUAGAGUAAGAGGAGGCCGCAGGCCUUGGGGAAGGGCAUCUUUUGGCCGUGUACCCACUGCUUGCUCCUGCUCUGGUCACUGUGGCUGCACAGAAGGUAGCAGAGUCCAGGCGCCACCAGGUGUGAAGAUGGGGUGAGGGACAAAGGGGUUGGUGUGGAGUGUUUGCCUAAUCGCUCUGUAGGGCUUGCAGUGGUUCUUUCCACAGAGCUCAGCCAGCUCUAUCUGUAAUGGAAGGCACCCCCAAGCCCUGGGGACCCCUGCCACUCCAAUUACUGUCUCACUCUGUGCUACACUGCACAGUUGGCUCAUGCUGCCUGCACAUUCCAGCCAUGUUUGGAGGAGAGGCAGUGAACUUGCCCACCUCUUCUGAGGGAGGAUGGUUGGAAAUUCUAGGCCCUUCAGCACACUCACCUGUGCUUGGACCACGAUGCUUCUUCUUCCCCACCGUCUACACCCUACAGACCUAGUGUCCCCAGUUGUGACUCCUGUCAGCUCCCAAACUUUUACAACCAUCUCUUCUAAAUAUACAAGUCAUCCAGCCAGCCCCAGUGGUGAGUAAGAGUUACAAAUUUAAGUUCACCAUCCUAAGCAGACUCUCAGCCAGUCCUCCCGACUGGAGUUCUUUACACACAGCUCCCACUCCAAGGGGAAAUGAGAGGCCUGGACAAGAUUAAGUAAGGGCCCUUCUGUUCUUCCCUAUAGUACGGGAGAGGGCUGUUCCCCUCACCUCCAGUGCCUUGGGAGGCUAAGACUAGGUUGGGUCUUUUGCUCCGCCUUGUUCCUGCAGGAAGAGGAGGGCUCCAUCCAGGGAUGGCCCCUCAUCACUUGAAGUCCUCUCCUCUUUGGCUAGAGUCCCUCACCUUCCCACAGCCCUUGCUGAGUACCAUGAAAGCUGCUUCUGGCCUGGCCUUCUAGCCUCGGCCCAGUCGAAAGUCCCACCUUUACCAUUUGAUUUGGAAUGUGUGCACUUACAGGGAAUUCAGAGCUUUCUUAGGCUCAUAGGACAAGGACUGUCUGCUCUGGGGGGCACAGACCAAGUAUAUGGAGGGAGGGCCCCAAACCAGCAAACACUUCGCUUCUAGCACUGUGACUACAUUUAAAAAGCAAGUCUUUGUCGAGUCUACCAGAGCAGCUGAUAAGCCUGCAGAACAGGGAGGCAUUGUGUCCAAAGCCAGUGCUGGAGCCUGGUUCCUGGAUUGUCUGGGAGCCCAGUGUCUGCCUGCAGCAAUCCAGGAAGUAGAAAUCACCAAGGGCCUGUUCUGAGGCCAGCUUCCCUUCACUGUAGCCUGGUAGUCCGACCCAGAGUCACCCUCACCCAAGGGACCUGGUUCUUCCCUCCCUCACUUUCACACACUCCCCUCCUUAUAUUGGGGGAUAAAAUGGAUAUCAAUGCUAAUUAUUUCCAGGGUAAACAAAACCAGAAGUUUCUUCCUUUCUCUGUAAUCUGCUAUGAAGGAAAAUGACAAGUGAAAAUAAAUGUGUACUACACUUUGAAAUAUUGUAACUAAAGCCUUUAUUCUAUACAACUGUGAAAUACAGAUUUUUACCCUUUUGGCAUUGCA